AUGGGAGACCCGACCAACAGCAGCUCGGCGCUGACUGACUACUUCCUGGCCGGUGAUGACCUGGACUACGGGGUUCCUCUGGACGAGAUCCCGGACACCACGCAGGGCCGGGCCUUCUUCGUGGCCACCAUCGUAAUCGCUGUGGUCCUGGUGGGCAUCAUGCUGGUCUGUGGAGUGGGGAACUGCCUGUUCAUCGCCAGCCUUGCUCGCUACAAGCAGCUCAGAAACCUGACCAACCUGCUGAUCGCCAACCUGGCGGUGUCGGACGUGCUGGUGGCGGUGGUGUGCUGUCCCUUCCUGCUGGAUUACUACGUGGUCAAGCAGCUGUCGUGGGAUCACGGCCUGCUGCUCUGCGCCUCCACCAACUACCUGCGCACCGUCUCACUCUAUGUGUCUACAAACGCACUGCUGGCCAUCGCCGUGGACAGGUACAUGGCUAUCCUCCACCCUCUGAAGCCUCGUAUGAAGCACCAGACGGCGUACUGUGUGAUCCUGACCGUCUGGAUCGUCCCCGUCUUCAUCUCCAUCCCUUCUGCUUACAUGGCCUCCGAGACGACGUACCCACAUGUAGAAGGUCGCACCCACAAGACCUUCUGUGCUCAGAUCUGGCCUGUGGACCAGCAGGUUUACUACCGCUCAUACUUCCUCCUCAUCUUCGCCCUGGAGUUCAUGAGCCCCGUGACUGUUAUGGCUGUGUGCUACAUCCAGAUCUCCAGGGAGCUGUGGUUUAAGGACGUUCCGGGUUUCCAGACGGAGCAGAUCCGGAAGAGGCUCCAGAGGCGUCGCAGGACGGUGGUGGUGCUGAUUCUGGUGCUGGUCGCCUAUGUCCUGUGUUGGGCGCCAUACUAUGCCUUUGCCCUGCUGCGGGACUUUUACCCCACCCUCAUCUCCAGGGACAGGAACUCCCUGGUGGCCUUCUACAUCAUCGAGUGCAUCGCCAUGAGCAAUGGGGUCAUCAACACGCUCUGCUUCGUGAGUGUCCGAAACAACACCAAGCGCCUGAAGAAGGCGGGCAAGUUCCCGCUGAGGCUGGUGACCUUCGUGGCUGCCAAGUCGGUUGACGAAGGGGAGGCACGGACGUCCUCUCUCCGAGUGACGGAGGACGCAGAGGGAGCUCGGCUGAGGUAG